UGUUGAUUGGUCUUACAAACAAUAAAGUAAUAUUGUUUAUGAACAAGCCGACCACUGGGACAAACAAGUCCUGGUAGAUUCAACCCUCCAGGUGUCUUGUACUCCACAACAACUCGGAAAGGGCACCCACAGAUUUCCGUUCGAAGUGCUCUUGUCAAAUGCCUUGUCCGAAUCAAUCGAGUGCAGCUACGGUCGGAUCUCAUACAAGCUCCAUUGCCAGGCUCUCGUCAGGGCGUUUCCCUGGCCGUGCCUCUUACCUCUGCGCACAAAAAUCCCAGUCGAAUUGGUCCGCCUUCCGCCCACAGAGGGCCCGAACUCUGUCAGUCUGACCCGCGUCUUGGGCAAUAAUCACACUCUUGCUGUCACAAUCGAGACUACCAAUCUUGUCCCAGGUGCAUUGUUGCCUGUUUCUUUGUCUCUCCAGACCUUAUUGUCUUUAACAACAACAACAACAACAACAACAACAACAUCAUCAUCAUCAUCAUCAUCAUUAUCUAAUAAUCAGAAUAAGAAUACUCCUUUGGUACUAACUAGCCUUACAGUCAAAUCAAACCUUCUGGCGACCAAAUCAAUGAAACCCGCAUUCUCUACCGCGUUCCAUCCAAAGAAUCUCUCCUACUCCACACCUCCAGCACAAAUCGCAAUAUGCGUGUCCGUCACUGGCUUCAGAUAUUCAUGUCCUUUGUCCUUCCGGACAAUACCUUACACGACAUAAUGGUAGAUACCCCCGUACUCGUCUUACCAGGAACCCUACACGAUCCCUCCUCCUUCAGUUUACCGGUUUACCAACCUACUGCCCCAUCACUCCGUUCACCCUCGUCAACUUACCCCUUUGGAUGGCUAACCAGACUUAUUUCUCGAAAUACAAAACCCCUCAUCAUUCCUCCCCAUUACACUACUUAUCAAUAAUCUUAUAUCCUAAUAAUCCUAAUAAUCCUAAUAAUCCCAAUAAUCCCAAUAAUCCCAAUAAUAAUAAAAGAUCUCUUUUUUUUUCUUUU